AGUCACGGCUAGUGAGUUUCCGAAUGUUGUGUGGUUAGGACGUGUCUACGUUCGUUCCUAUCACCCAUUGACCACGGCAUUGUUUUCUUUCCGAGUUGUUCUUUUUUGAUUAUGUUUAUACGCAAACGGGUACCGCUGCUGCUGCCGCCGCAGCAGUGAACCAUUCGCGAGUAGUGCGUUUCCUCCCGGUUCCACCCCUUUGUCGCGGGGGGUAUCUUCGCGCAUUCCGUCAGUGUUUUAUCAAGUGUUCGUUCGAAGACAGCGAGAAUCCAUCAUUAUUGGUGACUAGUUUCGUGGCAGAUAGUAGGCGCUGAACGAACCUAGGUAUCUAGAUGGUUAACCCUUGAAGGCACGUGUGUGAAAGUACUUCUGUUCUCGGUGAACUGAUAAGCGUUUGAAUACCCAAAAGAACGUUGUAAUUAUAUCGCCGUUUGAUACAGUUUUGAAUUGUGUUCGUCACGUGGAAAGAUAAGAAACUGAUUGUAUUGGUGGAAAGUGUGAAAAUUAUCAGGCAGUCAGUGCAGUGGUGAAGUGCGAGGCAGUGGCGCGCGCGUCGCCGGGAUGGUGCCAUCUUCUGUGAUUCAGUGUUCCGUUUUUUUAGUGAGCAAACGUGGAUGCUAAAAGUGCAAAUCUCGCUCGCCCAGGAUCGAAGCUGUAUGCGGUGCUGCUGCUGCUGCAGAAGAAUGCUGUAAAAAUAGCCAAUCGAGAUUUCUCAAGCGGCUCGAUUGAAUUAUAUUUCCUGGUGCACUAGAAGAGAUAAUCUACGGCUACAUAUAUGAGUGAGUGAAGUAUCCUGAGCUCAUCACGCACGCAGCGAGAGAUAUGGUGCUGAAUAGGUGGUACGUCUGGCUGCCACUGGCGUUGGCUGGCUUAUCCAUUACCGUCGUGCAGUGCUUCAACUUUGAAACGCGCCUUCCCAUCGUCAAGUAUGGAUCGACCAACACCUACUUCGGAUAUUCGGUAGCUUCCCAUACCGAACAGCCACGGAACGGAGAGAAAAAGAACUGGAUUCUGGUCGGGGCACCUCUGGGCCAGAACUUGCAACCGUCAACCAAUCGAUCAGGGGCUCUGUUCAAGUGUCCAAUUACCCAGCUGAGCAACGAUUGCGAACAGAUCAAAACAGAUGGCCGAAGAAAACCCUCUGGUAUAUACGAAAGUGACGAUGAGGAUGACGACAGUCUUGCGCCUCCGGGUAUGGACGAGCUCAAGACAAACCAAUGGCUGGGCGUGACGGUCAAGUCCGGCGGAAAGGAAAACAAGAUUUUCGUUUGCGCCCACCGAUACAUGAAGGUCCAUGACCGAGGAAAGGCCAAGGAAAAUGGACUGCACCUGGGCCAAGGUCUGUGCUACGUGCUGAACAACGAUUUCUCGUUUGGAUUCGCUGUGGAAGUGUGUCUGGGACGGUCCAUCGAACGGGAACACGAGCAGUACGCGUUCUGUCAGGCCGGCACUUCCGGGAUGAUCUUGGACGAUGGCACCGCCGUGAUAGGAACCCCUGGGGUCAUGAUCUGGAAGGGUACGGUGUUUGCAGUGGAAAUCGACGGGGAGUUCUUGUCAAGAGAUAAAACGCAGUACUAUGGAGCACAUGAGAAUGUGGACUCGCCGGUUCCCAAUUACAGCUAUCUAGGAAUGUCGGUAACCGGAGGAAAGUACUUUGGGGAUUACAUGUCCUACGCGGGAGGUGCUCCUAGAUCUCGGGGGAAUGGGCAAGUGAUUAUUUUCUCGAAUCGAAAUAAGCGAAACCCAAUAGUCAAGGAGAAAGAGCUGCGAGGUGAGCAGUUCGGUUCCAGUUUCGGAUACGAAAUGACUACUGCAGAUGUGAACGGUGAUCAUGCACCGGAUCUACUGGUCGCAGCACCGUUCUACUUCUCCAAAUCAGAAGGUGGAGCCGUCUACGUGUAUGAGAACAUGAAUAACAACUUUGCGGACAACUACACGACCAAACUGACAGGGAAAGUUGAUUCACAGUUCGGCAUGGCCCUUGCCAAUUUGGGAGACAUCAAUAAAGACGGUUGCGAAGAUAUUGCCAUCGGGGCACCCUAUGAAGGCAACGGUGUUGUGUACAUAUAUCUGGGAACAUCAAAUGGAUUGUCUACAAAACCUUCGCAAGUGAUAUCAUCGAGCUCUCUGGGUCUCAAGGUGCCCACAUUGAAGACUUUUGGGGGUUCCCUGUCUGGAGGAAUCGAUCUGGAUAAUAAUACCUAUCCGGAUUUGGUUAUCGGUGCGUACGAUUCUGCGGCUGUAACUACGCUGUUGGCACGACCCAUUACGAACAUUAAGACAUCGGUGAAAAGUGAGGAGUUGCAGAAUAUCGAUCCUACGAAGCCCGGCUGCCGAGCGGAUCCCACUGCCAAUGCCACAUGUUUCUCCUUCCGGGCGUGCUGUUCGAUCGAGCCAUACGAAGAAUCGGGCCACUCCAGCGGUCAGCCGCAGCACUUGAUCCUGAUCUACACGAUCGAAGCGGAGACGUACAACAACUUGAAAAAAUUCUCACGCGUCUACUUCGGGCCGGACACGCGCAAUCGUUCGAACAUCUUGCGAAAACGAAUCAGCGUCAUCACCGACGGGCGACAGGAGUGCCGCGAAGAGGUUGUCUACAUCAAGGACAAUACACGGGAUAUUCAGAAUCCGAUUCGGUUCCGCUUGAAUUACACCAUUGUGGACACUACGCUGCCAUUGUCGGCUUUGGACGCAUUGGAUCCCAUUCUGGACCAAACCCAGGCUGAUCGUACGUUUGAAGCUACGUUCCAAAAGGAUUGCGGCCAGGACGGCAUUUGCCAGUCGAAGAUUGACGUCAAGUCCAAGCUUUCCUUGGAACAACAAGGCGACGGUUCAUACUCGCUGGUGCUCGGCCGGGAUCGUGGUAUACUGCUCAACGUGAGUGUUUCUAAUCAUGCCGAUUCAGCGUACGAAACCCAUCUGUUUGUGAAACACGAUCCCAGUAUAUCGUACAGUGGAACAAAGAGCCUGUACACAUGCACCCAGUUCAAUGCCACGCUCGUUGACUGCUCACUGGGUAAUCCGAUGCGGAGAGAUGCGGUGGCGAAACUUUCGCUGCGAUUUGAUCCCCAGCGGGUGGAUGACCUGGUAUCGAAGCUGACCUUCCAGGUGUUCGUCAAUACUACGUCGGCGCUGCUCGAGGGCACGAAGAACAGCACGAGCAACGUGGUUCACGUUAUCAAACGUGCCAAGAUUAGCAUAUCUGGAGCUGCCCAUCCCGAACAAGCAUUCUACGGCGGAGACGUGAAAGGUGAAAGUGCGAUGGAAACGGUAGAAGAUAUCGGAACGGCUGUGCAACACAUCUAUCUCAUCUACAACGAUGGACCGUGGCGGGCUCCGAAAGUGCAGGUUAACAUUCAGUGGCCCCACCAGGUGGCCAACGAUAAACCGCAGGGAAAAUGGCUGCUCUACUUGACCGAUACGCCCUCUGUUGAUGCAACCAACGGAGGUGACUGUGUCGUCGAUCCGCAUUCGGCCAUCAAUCCCCUUGGAUUGAAGAAAUCCUCUGUGCUCAACGAUCUGGUGCAAAUGGAGCGCUACACGCAACGAGCGUACAACAAGUCGCUCACAUUUUCUUCGGAAAAGUCCGAACGGGUGUCGUUUGCCAAGCAAACAUCCCACUCAUCCGCAUCGGAAAAUUCGCUCAAUCGAGUCCGUCGGGAUCGAUCGAUGAUCAUUCGUGCCGAACGAUUAACCGACAAAGACGGCAAGCAGACCGACAUCGUGCACAUGGACUGCAAACGAAACACUGCCAAAUGCAUUUCGAUCGUGUGCAACGUGUACGACGUGCAACCGAAAGCCCAGGUGCUCAUCAACGUAACGGCUAGAUUGUGGAACUCGACGCUGGUGUCGGACUAUCCACGGGUAGAUCUGGUAAAAAUCGCAUCCACAGCCCGGAUAAAGGUGUUCGAGGUGCAGCAGGAUCAUCCGUUUGAUUCUGUUACGGUCGAAACGUCCGCCUACCCCGAACUGCUCGACCAGGUGGGAGACAAAUCCAUCCCAAUUUGGUUGAUCAUACUCGCCGUCGUAGGCGGCCUGCUGGCACUAGCCCUGCUGACUUACAUCAUGUGGAGGUGCGGUUUCUUCAAACGACGGAGACCCGACCCAACGCUCAGCGGCAACUUGGAGAAGAACAGCGAAAACAAACCGUUCCUUUAGGUCAGUGUAUGUAGUUACAACUAUGGGUCAAAAGAUUACUUAAAACGUGAUAGAAACCAUCCAUUAGAUAAGAAAGGCGUUUUGGUGCUGCUGCAGCAACUCAGAAUCAAUCGGAUUUCAUUAUGGGGAUCUUGGACAAAGUAUUCACGGAACGUCAGGAAAACGCUUUGAUCAUCAAUCUUCGUUAGGGAUCAACGCACGUUAUCUAGGCUCUGCAUACCACAUCCAGUCAAAUAGGUAGAUGGUCCACCCUUGCAGGGGGUUUAACGGUUUCAACUAGGAAAAUAACAAGACGAUCCUCUUGAACCUUUUAUUCUAUAACUAACUACCUACUUUUAUAGAUCCAUGAAGAUAGAGUUGAUUAUGGGAAAUAACAAAAUGAAGACUGAAAUAUCCACCUCGAAUAUAACGAACGCGAAAAAAGAAAAGUAAAAUAUUUGUUCCAGAACUCAGUAUGCCUCGAGGUGGCUAGUAGUUCAUUGAUUGUUACUAAUAAUUCAUUAGGGUGAAUAUGUAGAACAGCGACAAACUUCAUGAUAUCAAAGGUGCAAAUCCAGAGAACUAAAUGACGGAUUUCACUCAAAAUUUGAUCGAUUUGUCAGCAUCAGCGGACGACUAAUCAAUUCAAUCAAAUUUUCAGUGUUAACUACUCUUUCUGUUUGGUUCUAGGGAUUUGUGCUCAUGAAAAUUCGAAGGGUGACUGAACAACCGAUCCUUAAAAACAGAAAAUUCAGAAAUUGGAUUUCAAUUUUAUAUAUGAUACCCUUGGACCUUGUAGGGUGUGGGGCUAUUUGACCAAGUGUCCUUGCCUUGGGUACUUUUUCCAUAAUGGGCAAUGAUCACUGAAGAAAUUACUUAAUUGGAAACGAUCGAAUCAUUUGUGUUCAUUAAGAUUAUCUUAUGAAAUUAUGGAAUUCAUUGGAAGUAAUUAAUGUGUCCAAAAAAGGCCUUAUCAUCGAAAGGUGCUCCGUGGCAAAAAAUAGUACGUUUACCUAAAACUUGAGUGUAAAUAAGUUCCUUUAAGAAAAAAAAAAUACGUGUGGGGCAUAAGUCCUUUAUGCCUAACACAUCCUUAUAUAAUAUCCAUGCAAACUAACACUUCGAUUAGACAAAAUAUAAUCUUGUUAUAGGAAAAAUUUAAGUGAAAAUACUACUUACUUGCCUUUAAAAAGUGCCAUUUUUACAGUGCAUGCGGAUACUACAGUGGCAACAAAUAAAAUGUAUUGUAAAGUGACGUAAUUGAACGCGUCAGUUUCGUUCAAUUUAACUUUACUAUUCAUUCAUUUUAAUCAAUUCCUUCACGUCCAUCUAUUGUAUAUGCAUCAUCAUUACAUACCAAGUCCAUAUUUUGCAGCAUGUCGUUUUAGGAAUAAAAAAAACUAAUUAAGAUUACCAACCUAGCUACGCAAAAUUACGGCACCUUACCGUACUUAUAUUUUAUUUGUUAAUAACGUUACGCUGGAUCCACUGGAAAACAGUCAGCCAAUUGAAAUCAAUCAACUUAUAUGAUGAAAAAUGCGAUCACUUGAAUGUAUUUAGUCAGCAAUUGGCAAACAACGACGAUAUCAGGUGUCAAAUUAAACUUGUAGCUAGAAAUCCGUCUUCAACUUUGUAGAUGAUGUUAUUUUUCGAUCAGUAUCAAUGAAAAGUGAGUUAAACUAGUUUAGUCUGUUUUAGGUUAAUAGCAAUACGUUUUAGACCUAGCGGUUACAGUGAAUUUUUAUUUGUAGCUUUUAUAUAAAAAAUAUAUAAGAUGUUGUAUAAUUUUGAAUUAAAAAUGAAAUACCGUGUACAAUGUACACUGUACAUUUAUUUUAUAAGCAUUAAAUGUAACAAAUUUUGUAUAAAUGAA